AUGGAUCAGGGUAAGCCUGGAGUAGUGGUGAAGAACACCUUCUUGGAGGUUGGAGAUCACAUGCCGGCCCUGUCUGAUUGGCGCCGACAAAUGUCCGAGCCAGUCAAGAUCUAUACAAGCCCGGCAGAGGAGGAUGCAGAGGAAGAGGCAGAGGUUCCAGAGCAGAUGCCACCGCUGCCCUUCGCAAUGACACCGCCCUCCACGUCCUCCACGCAUCCUGGCCACCCAGGGCCUGGGAUGCCACAAGUGAUGCCCGGGGUGCCCGUGGUGAUGCCUGGUGCAAUGCCUGGGGCGAUUCCCGGGGUGAUGCCUGGAGCAAUGCCGCCUGGAGCAGUGGGUCCAUCGCAGUGCUUCGAGGCACAGCCGGCUCAGCCGAUGCCACGACAGGGCGCUCGAGAACAGGGUAGAAGGGACAUUCGAAAUGGCCAAGCCAUAAAUCAGUUGAAAAAUAAUGACAUCACCAGCAAGGAACCGCCCUGGAAUGAUGUCACCACUGUCAUGAUGCGAAACUUACCGAACAAGUACAGACAGCAGAUGCUAUUGGAUGAACUGGCCGACGCCGGUUUCCGUGCGCAGACCGAUUUCGACUUUUUUUACCUCCCCAUGGAUCACAGUAAUGCUGCAAAUUUGGGCUACUGUUUCAUCAAUUUUACGGAGCCUGCUUUAGCCAAUGCCUUCGCGGCAGCGUUCCAAGGCAAAAAGAUGCGUCGCUUCAACUCGCACAAGACCGUUGUUGUCAUGCCUGCGUCAAUCCAGGGCUACGAGAGAAACUACAAGUAUUACUCGUCCACCAGGGUGGCGCAAGCAGAGGAUCCAGCUUACAGGCCUCUGUUUCUCAAGAACCUCGACAUCGACUUGCAGCAGGACAGGAAAGGUUCUGGUCGAGGCAAAGGCUUCGACAAAGGCAAGGGCAAGAAGGGUUCGAAGGACAAGGGUGGUGGCAAGGGAUCCCAGGAUGGCAAAGGAGUGGAGGCGUUUUCGCGUUUGGCAUUCAUGGGCUUGGACGAUUCGAACGCUCAGCAGGGCGUGCAGGGCGACUGGACUCCGAUGGAGCAGAUACCCUGGCAGCAAGCUCCAUACCCGGCGUCAGGAUGCAGCGGGCGCAGUGGCUCCACGGUCACCUGUCCCAACUGUGGCAACACGUGCAGCGCCGACCACAGGUUCUGCUCGGCCUGUGGCCAUCCGAUCUCGGCCGGGAAGAACGCAGGCGGCUCUGCGAAUCCUAUGCCGUCAAUGCCCGCGAAAGGGGGCCCGAGCGCAGGACCCCUGAUGAUGAACGGCAUUCCCAUGGGUUGUGGCCCUGUUUGGGGCUGCGGUGGCUGCGGCGGCUGCGGCGGCUGCGGUGGCUGCGGCCCCGGCGGCUGUGGCGGCUGCGCAGGAGGCUGUGUAGGACCGUGCGGUGGCAACCUUAAUGCGAUGAACAUGCGAGCUGACGCUCCGACGUUCAUGCCCAACAUGCAGGAGGAGCCUGACAGCAGCCCCAAUCGGCAAAUGCCCUCUGGUUCCCACCAGCUUGCGGACCCGGUCAGCAACGAGUUGGAUGUCAUGCGAGGACGUCUCAUGCUGAUCGCUGCUCUGAAGGACAUCGAACAGAGGGAUUCAGAUGGUCCGCCAGAAAAAGAUGCCUGGUUAGCGUAA